UUACAGGCUUUUUAUCUAUUGUAUAUAAGAACUCGCGAUGAGGUUAUGACAUGAUGUCAAAAUUUGAUGCCGUGACACAUAAUGAAUUACUUGUGGCGAUUCAACGCUAUCUCUCUCAAGGCCCAUGUCAGGAAGCAGCAAAAACGUUGAAGAACGAAAUAGAAAAAAUCAGUUACUGCCUGUACGAUAUGAUUAUAAAGGCGAAGCUCAUCAACGUUCUUUCGAAGAUUUCGAAAGAUCCGUUGUGCCGUUAAAUAUUUCACUGGUUUCCUUAAUCGAGCGUCUUGGUUCUCUAAUCGCCCUUGCAGUUCCGAUUCCCUUACGAAAUCUACCUCUAAGGAUAUAUAUGAAUAAAUCAUAUGCUUUAGACCGGAAAUCAGGGGAUUUGAUAAGGAAGCCAACAUUACGGGUUGCCUUAGGACGUUCGAAUAUCAGUGUGCUAAAAAAACUGAAUCCAAUACGAUCACGGAUUGCACGUGAACUGGGUAGAUCAAUAACACCGAAAUAUCUGUUGCACAAGAGUUCAAUAAAUAACUUCGAAUUACAUUAUCGCAUUCUUGGUCAUCUGUCAUCGGUUUUUUGCGUUGCGUUCGAUAAAUCUGGCUCUUAUGUCAUUACGGGUGCUGAUGACAAUCUUGUUAAAAUAUGGAAUGUACGAACAGGUUUGUUGCGUUUCACGUUGCGAGGACAUUCAGCUGAAAUUUCAGAUAUGUCAGUCUCAGAGGAUAACACGUUGUUAGGUACUGGUUCCGUGGAUAAAACAAUAAGAGUUUGGUGCUUGCAAACAGCUGCACCCUUGGCUUUUUAUCGCAGCCAUUCGGCAAUGGUGACGCUGAUUGCUUUCCUACCAUUUGUCGAUGGUAUAACACGUUAUUUGGUUUCGGCUGGUGGUGAUUGUCUUGUGAAUUUUUAUCGCUACAACUCUUUGGAUCAUGAAUUUGAAGAAGUGCCGACACGAUUCUAUGAACGUACAUCAUCAGGUGCUCGUAUUGUGAGUUCAUGUCAUAGCCCCGGUGGUAGCUUGGUAAUUUUUGGGGAUACACACCACAAUCUCAGGAUUUAUAAGAUCACUCGUGACAGUGUUAUUAAAGUUAGCGAUAUUGAAGCACAUACAGAUCGAGUUGACAGUUUGGUAUGGGCACACAGCGGAUUACGUUUUGCUAGUGGUAGUCGAGAUGGUGUUGCUAAAAUAUGGAAAUUUGAAUUUAAUGAUUGGAUUCCACUUGUCUUGCAUCCUAAACUAAGAGAUGAAAAGGUUUCAAAUUCGCGUAACACAUACAAGGUAACAAUGUUAUGUUGGUCAUUGAGAGAUGAUUUUAUUGUUACCGCUGGCUCCGACUUCGUUUUACGGGUGUGGUCCUCAGUAUCCGGCAGUGAAUUACGUCAACUGAUAGGACACAAGGAGGAUGCUUACGUUCUGCAUUCACAUCCUAUAUUUGAGGAUUACGUUCUGAGCGGUGGUCAUGAUGGCUUCCUGAUGGUUUGGAAUGUUUAUACCGGCACUUUGGUUAAACGGCAUCAGAAUCUCAUCGAAGGAUCUGGGUAUGGAGCUGUUUUCGACUUUGCAAUUUCGCCUGAUGGUACUUUGGUUGGAGCUGUCGAUUCGCAUGGACAUCUUUCCAUACUCGGUGUUGGAACAAAUCAAAUGGCUAAGACCACCCCAAAAGAACAGUUUUUCCAUACUGAUUAUAUGCCACUUAUACUGGAUGAGAAUAAUUACUUCGUGGAUGAAGAAACGGAAAUUGCACCUCAUCUUAUGGGUCCACCAAGACUGGUUGAUGCAGAUGGCGUUGACUACGACGAUGAUAUACAGGCAGUAGUACCUGGACGUGAUCUAUUGCUGCGCGAUGAUAGCUUGAUUCCGCAAAAUCCGCCAUGGUUAUCGCGUCAAAUGGUUUGUAUGUUGCCGAAAUCAACAGUUGAGAUAAAAAAUAUGUAUUUGACUGAAUUAAGGGAACAAGAAGAGGAUAUAAUGUUACGUGAAACGAACCGAACGCGCCCGCGUGCUAUUUCAGUCAUUGAACGAAAAAUUAAUGUGAUAAAUACAGUUUCCCGAAGAAGGCGAGCGGGAGUUCGUUGGUCAGAAUGUUUUCCGCAGCGACAGCGAAGACUUCGAAAUCAGCAACUAGCGGAUGAGACCGAAAUUGAUGAUGAUGUAACAGAAGCAUCCACUGCCGAUUCAUCAUUCAUCUCUACUUCGGCAACUGAUGACGAAAUUUCAAGUGAAAAUACUGCGACUUCUGAUGAUUCCAGCGAUAGUGACUACGUCAUUAACACCCGGAGAAGUGCUAGCCGGCGCCGAAGAAGAAUCGAAGUAGAGCAGGACGGUGGUAUUGUUACUUCAGAUACUACGUCACCUAUUAGAACUUCAACACGAAGGAGACGUCGACGAAUUAUAUUAUCGGAUGAAGCCGAAGAUGCGCCGUCAGCUGAUGAUAAUACAAUUGAUAAAAAAUGUGAACCAUCCUCUUCAGCUUCAAAAUUGUAUUAUAUGGAUACCGAACCGGGACCAUCAAAUGUCAGAUCGUCGCUUUCUGCAACUGCAGUUUUACAUUCAUCGGUUGAUAGUAUGUCGGGUAUUUCUACACCACAUUCACCCUCUGAACAAGACGCAUCGCCUGCCUCUUUAGAUAAUUAUGACGCUGACGCAGAUUUCCCACGAUGGAUGCGUCUAACACAACCGCUUCGCUUUCCGUAUGUUGCACAAAUCGGAGAUGAAGUGGUUUACUUCAGGCAAGGACACGAAUUUUACUUGCAUGCCGUAGAAACAAGAGGUUUGUAUCACGUUACUCAUAGGCUGAAACCGUUGGCUCAACUAAAUGCCGAAGAAUUUUGCAUCGUUGAGGAGAUUAGAUAUCUGAGAAAACCAUAUAGGCUAACAGCAGUGAAGCUCGCGCAGACAAAUGCAGCCGGUGUACGGACUGGACUUAUAUUCUCAGUGAAAUUUCAUGAUAUGGAAAAUGUGCCCGACUUCAUUAUAUUACGACAUCUUUACGAUGAAUCAGUGGCACGUCGUUAUCAGCCUGGCACACGAAUUGAAAUUAUUUUGGACAAUCAUUGGUGGACUGGUACCAUUGAUAAGAAAGAGGUACAUGAUGAAGAAAAUUAUCCAAGAUCGAAUUGGUAUUGUCUUACAGUUAGAUGGGAUACUGGAGAAGAUGAAAAGAUGAGUCCGUGGGAUGUACAACCUCAGCAACCAAAUCGACGUUCGGGCAUUGCAAGCGAAGAAGACCAAGUAUUAUUUUCCCAAUACCCAGUCAAUGAAAGUGAUUGGAUGGGCGCAGUAGAAGGUAUCAGUGCAUGUUCGGAACGUUUCAUCGAUGCUGUGAGAAGCAUGGAAGAUGAUCUUCAUGUAAAACCAUUCGCAGCACCUGUCAACUUGGCUGAAUAUCCGGAUUACUUGUGGGACGUAGAUUAUCCAAUUGAUUUGAGUACGAUUGUCGAACGGGUCAAAAAUCGAUUCUACAGAAGAUUGGCGAGUUUACAGCAGGAUAUUCGCUAUAUUGCAAUAAAUGCACGCCUUUUUAAUCAACCAAACAGUGAAAUUGUACGAAAUUCAAGAGUUUUGGUAGAAACACUCAUUCGUUAUCUCAACGAUGCUCAGUACACGGAUGCGAUGCAACUAUUUCGUGUUUUGAAAGCUGGACAAGAUAGUGAAUUAAAAGAAUACAAUAAUUUGAAGCAGUGCACCAAAGCUGCAGUUGAAGAAAUGAAGGAAGAGCCAUCCGCUGUUGCAAAGAAAGUAAAACAUCGAUCGCGUAAUAGUGCUAUGUCACCGAAUCCUUCCAUAGAUCUUCCUUCUGAAUGGUAUACCGAAUGUGUAGACGUGCUACGAGAAGUGAUGUCGGAGCGAACUUCGACUCAUUUUAUCAGUUCUGGUAGUGAGUGGCUUGCGGAUGUAUUUUCGUCAUAUGAUGAUUUGUUAACUGUGAAGGAGAAGGUUAUUACACGAGCAUACAGCAGUCCUUUGGAAGUUGUUAAUGCAGUGAAAACUUUGAUGCAAGCAUGCCGGAAUGCUGUUGAUAAUAAGCGUUCGCCGGUUUUUCGCGACAGCUUAGCGUGUGCUGCAUCAUUUGACAGCAAGAUGGCACCUGUUGUAGCAAAAUGGCAACGUAUGAGGCAGUCAGAAGCACCCUUAACUGCAAAUGAAGGUGAAGGCCACCACUUACGAGAUCGGCCAAAGAAUUCACAUGUCUAUAAUACAAGAAGUCGUCACGAAGAAAAAGAACAUGACGAUCAAAAAAAUGGAGCAUCGACGAGUACAACCACACUUGUUCGUUCGGGACGGACUGGGAGAAUGCCACGCGGGUAUUAUCGAAAUCUGAAUAAUGGAAUAUAUAUUACACAGGAGCAAGAUCCUUCAAAUUUGGGAUCUUGUACAUGGUCUAGUAAUCAGGAUUCUGGUCGUGCACGAAGAAAUACCACAGAAUGUAAUCAUGCGAGAAACCAGCAAGCAAGUGGUAAUAAUGCACAAUCGGAAGAUCAACCAGGGCCAUCUGGACUGCAGAAUAAAAACAGCCUAAUAAAUCUGAGAAGAAGCUCGAGAAAACGAGAGAAACGUUACAACUUUGGUACGGUGACAGUAACGGAUGAAAGUGAUGAAGAUACUGGUAAAGAUGAUGACAUUUUAUGCGAUGGAAGAAGUACGGCUGAAAUAGAAGACGAUGAUUCGUUAAGCGACUGCAGUUGGAAUAUGAGAACAAACAAUGCGAAGAAAAACAAAAACCAUCGAAAACGAACAUGUGGAAGUCAGGAAAAUGUGGAAAUCAGCAAGAAGCGACGUCGACAAACCACAGUGAAAAAAUUUGAGGACGAUGCAAAUUCUACACCAUAUUCCAUUAGUGAGCAAAAUUCAUCGAUGGCAAGAACAUAUGUGACUAGAAAUCGGCAAGGACAUCAGAAUCACGCGGCUGCACAAGCAAAUGGUGACAGUCACCCUCGGAUUCGGUUAAGGCGAUCCGUUCAACGAAAUGUUAAUUAUAAUGAGAAUGAAGUUAGCGAUGACGAUGAUGACGAUGAUGAGGCAUCGAAUAGUAGUGCUAAACGGAAGAAGACUCGUAAGCAUGAUAAGUAGUGUAUUUUGCCAUAUUUUUCACAGUCUGCAAAUUUUCAACACUGUAUUCUAAAUCAUGUUUACAUGAAUUUGUUCAGACGAACCAAAUGUAUCUAUGUUCUCUCCAAAAAUUUGAUGUAUAUAUCGAUAAUCACUUAAACUUGGAUCCG